GCUAGGUACUAAUUUAUUUACUGUUACAUACAUUAAUUAAUCUUCUUUUUACCAAUAUAUAGGUACCUAUAUUACGAAAAAUUAAAAAUUAUUGAUAUACUUCAAAAAAUGUCCAUGCAUAUGCAAAACGCUAAGAAAAAAACUCAGGAAGAAAUGCGACGUUUGAUGCUGGAACGAAAAAACAAAGAUAAAAAACCCCAGAAAAUAAAUAAUCCUCUUGCUAAGUAUAAUAACCUAGGCCAACUUACGUGUAUUCUAUGUUCAUCUAUAGUACGUUCUGAGAAUGUUUGGCAAGUCCAUCUAAACAGUAAACAACACAGGGAAAACAUUGAGAAAGCAAAGAAAUUAAAGGAGUUAACAAAUAACUUCACUGAGGGCAAAAUCAAAAGGCCUGGGCCUCCUAUAAGUGAUGCACCCCAAGAGAAAAAGCCAAAAGGUAUUUUAAAGAAUGCAGGUACACCAAUACCUGUGGUAGCAGCAAAGCCUAAGAAUAAUGCACCAACUAUUUACUCAUAUCACGAAGAGGAAAUAAAAAGAGUAAACCUGGAUGCAGUACUAAGUAAAGAAGGCAAAGUCAAAGGAAAGUUAGGUGAUACUCAAAAUGAAUCUAGUACAUCGCAAGAAGAUCAGGAAUCUAAAGUACAAGAUAUUAAUGCACCUAUUCCUGAGGGAUUUUUUGAUGAUCCAAUUCUUGAUGCCAAGGCUAGAAAUAUCGAAUACAAAGAUCCAAUAGAAGAAGAAUGGGAGAAAUUCCAAAAGGAAAUCAAAAAUGAAACAAGCACCUCUGCAGAAAUUAUUGCGGGCGAACAAGAAGAAGCUACAGCUGAAAGACAAAUAGAUGAAAUUGAUGAACAAAUUAGAAAUUGGUCCAGAGUUUUAGAUUUAGAACUCAAAAAAGAAGAAACCAAGAAAAAAAUUCAAGAUGUAGAAAUGGCUAGUGGAAAUAAUGAUGAUAAUGAUUCAGAUAAUGAAGCAGAUUUGGAUGAAUUUCUGGAUUGGCGAGCGAAAAAGGCCGUUAUCGAUCUUACAACUGAAGUAUUGAAGAAAUGCUUUGAAAAGUUUGAUGGAGGAGACAUUAUUCAAAGCUAUCCAACUUAUUUUAUGUACCUGUUGCGUCAUGAAGCAGUAUGUGUACAGGAACUCGCUGUUAUGGAGGUCCACAAAGCCUUAACCAAGGUGGCUUACCCUCUGCGUCUGCCACAAUUCAUUGACGUGUUUGUGGCUGUGGCGCAGUUGGUUUGCCACAAGGAUGUAGGUUUGGCAAACAAAGCUAUAAUGGUGACAUCCAUUUUAGAGCCAGAAGCCUACCCGAAAGUUUUGGAAGAGAUGAAAAUUGGGUUAGAUUACCCUGCUAGUUUGAGAUGUAACCUUAUUGAGGUAAUAAUCAACAUAUCAGCCAAGUCUGCAGAGCUGUUCCAGUUAUGUGUUGAACAUGAGUACAUAAGCUACAUGAUAUCAGAGUUGAACACUGAAGACUUCCUGUACCAGAUAAACAUAUUGGAGCUGCUAGCCCAAUUGGCAAUCAAGCCAUAUGGCAUAAACUAUCUAGUUGAAUGUGGGGCAAUACAGAAAAUUGUUGGACUUAUUGAAGAUCUGGAACGCAACCCAUUGAAGAACCUUCUGGUUCCAGGUUACAUGAGGUUCUUUGGGUCUAUUGCAUACCACUAUCCCAAGGAUGUACUUGAGAAGUACCCCAUACUUACGGACUUAUUGUUCAAUGCCAUAGAAUCAAAUGAACAAGUGAUUCUACUUAUUGCUCUUGAUACACUUGGAUUUAUUGGAGCUACACAUGAAGGGAAGAUGUCUUUGGCUGCUUUGGGGAGCUCAUUCCAAGUGGCUGUUGAUAGAGUGUGCAAGUAUAUCAGAAACAGUUCUUCAGUAGUGAAGGUCCGAGCGACACAUUGCUUAUCAAGUCUCAUCGCUAUUGAUAGAGACCCAAAUAAAAAAACAGAAAAUGUCGACCAAAGGAUCACGUUAAUGACGCGAGAAUGGUUCAGAUGUUUGAAACAACAGAAUGAAUCGAUAGAAUAUCUUUUUGAGUUAUGCAAAAAUCCCUUUUCAGACAUCAAACUUGCAGGCUUUGCUCUACUUGAUGCUAUUUGCCAACAUAAUUGGGGGCAAGAAAUGAUUGCUGGUGCUGCAGGUUUCAUAGAAUAUCUCUUAGAUCGUCCUGGAGGAUUCUCAAAAGAAGAAAAAGAAGCUAAAUUCGACGUCAUCAAAAAGCUGGCAACAUCAACGGUGUUUGAUGCUAACAUUGUAGCAAGGUGCCAGGUGUAUGUUGACCAGGGACCAUUAUUUAAAGAUACCAUAAUGGAAGUAGCCUACGAAGAAAGCGAUUAAAAUGUUUUACUUCUUCCUCUUAUUUUUGGUGCCAGCCUCCUUUGUUGCCUUCCGCUUCGUUGCCUUUGAUUUCCCGCCAUACUUCUCAGCAAGACUGUCAAUUAAGGAAUCCAUUUGUUUAGCUCUGGACUCCUGCCUUUCUUUUAUCAUCAGUUCCAAGCUGUUUGAUUCU